UUGUACCACACAGAUAACUAAAGUUACUUUUCAAGCAUAGUUUCUCAAAGAGUUUGUUACACUGAAAAUUGAAAUAUCCGAAGGUGGCCUCAGCGUUAAAUGUGAUUGCGAAAGCGCAAAGUAGAAUUUUUAUAUUUCGCAACACCUGUGUAAUAUUUCCGAGAAUUUUGAUGCUAUUCCACCAUGUCGCUUGUUGAAAGCGGGAACACAGAAAAGGAACAACGAAGUCAAUCGUGGCCUAAUAUCGACUCGACACAUGAUGCCGAACUCCCACACGAAAGUGAUGAUCAACUUUUCGAAGAAAUGAACGCCGAAGAUAAUGUUCAACUAAGUCAUAACUCGAAGUCAAAUUCUGAAACGGGCGACAUCAAAGGGAAUCCCAAUCUAUUGACAUUAUAUAACGUUCCGGAAACAAACCUUUCCACCACGGACGACAACGGGAAGAAUGAGCUGAAAAAACUUGAGGUUCAUGAAGAAGAGAAUGCUUCGGCUGAUCUAGCUUGGGAAGAUGGUGUUGCAACAUUGCCCGGCAGCAAUUUGAAAUUUCGAAUGAAUUCUACAGGAUACCUUGAAGUUAUAAGCGAUGACGAAGACAUUGCUAACAGUGAAAGAUCCCCAACCGAUCAUGGUCAAAACCAAAACGAAUAUAACGAACCUUCUGUUUUAGAAAUUAAAAUGGAGGCAGAAACACCAGUUAAUAUGGAAGGAAAGCUUACAGACGAUGAUGAAAUAAGAAAUGAAGGCGAUAACAUUGAGUACAUGACCUGCAUAAAUACGGAGCAUUCGUCUACCGGUGCUUAUAACAAAGAAUUGCGGACUUGCUCGUUUUGCGGACAUGUCGGCAGAGCUUCACACUUCUUGGGUGCUUAUUGCGGGAAGAAAUGUAUCGCACAGAACGCAAGGACUCACAAACGCAAACUUAGCAUCAUACCCCAGCCUGCAAAGAAGAAGCAAAUCGGCAAGACAGGGGAUCUCAAAAUCAAGAUUCGUCUUCCUUCCUCGAGCUUUGGAUCUCACGGCUUCGACGAACCAAAGACAAAACUCAACAACCCCGACACACCACGAGUAAAAGGCCAAGUUGAGUUUAGUUGGUCCAAAUACUUGGAGGAGUGUGUCGCCAUCGGUGCCACUGAAAAAUAUUUCAGACUGGUAUCUGGAAGAGAUCCAUAUCCCUUAAAACCGAACAAUUUCAAAGUGGGCUUUCUUCUAGAAGCGAUAGACCCUUUAAACCAGUCUUUAUUUUGUGCUAUGUCAGUGGUACGUGUCCGUGGCCACCGACUAAGGUUGCAAUUCCUCGGCUACAAAGACUGCUAUGAUAUUUGGGUGAAUUCCGACUCUCCGUUCAUCUUUCCUUGUGGGUUCUGUGAACGGACAGGAAGAAAGCUAGCCCCGCCCAAAGUACUCGAUCCGGAAACGUUUAGUUGGAACGCAUACGCAGAACGCAUGCCCAACUUUACAAUCGCUCCUGAAGAGGUCUUCGCUUCCAUGCCCCAUUCAUUGUCGAACCUUACUAAGUUUGAGCUUAACGAUAAACUGGAAGCGAUCGAUCGACAAAAUUCGGAGCUAAUAUGCGUUGCCACUAUUAUAGACAUGCUGGGUGAACACGUUCUUGUACAUUUUGAUGGCUGGGAAUCGGAAUACGAUUACUGGUCACGCACCUCAUCCGCGCUUAUUCACCCUGUCGGGUGGUGCCAGGAGAACGGUCGACUACUUUCUCCUCCCCAAGGUUUUGUGGGCGAAUAUUUUACCUGGGAUCAGCAUCUUAAUGAAACAGGGCGACGGGCAGCACCAGCGGAAUGCUUUGAAUGCAUCCAACACGAGUUUGAAGUUGGAAUGAAGCUUGAAGCCGUCGACCCACGCAACCAAUCGUUAGUGCGAGUUGCAACCGUUAGUGAAAUAGAAAAACAUAGAAUUAAAGUUCACUUCGACGACUGGAAUACGAUUUACGACGAGUGGUAUGACGUAGACAGCUUCGACAUACACCCUAUAAACUGGUGCCAGAAAACAGACCACCCGCUUGAACCCCCGGUCGUUGUAAAAGAUCGAGAUCUUUCUAAAGGCGGUUGUCCUACCCCCGGUUGCUCAGGUAUUGGGCACGUUAAAUCAACCAAGUUUCAGAAUAAUCAUCGCAAGCAUCAUUCUGAGUUUGGUUGCCCGUACGCUCCGAAGAAUCUUAACAAAGCGGUGAUGUAUGAUCGCCUUGCCAAUCGGGCACCUAGAAGAUGCGCCCGAAGUACCUCACAUACUACCAGCAAUGUUGCAAGGAGGGAUUCGAUUAAUAAUCCUGUGCCGAAAAAGCGAGGAAGGCGUCGUCGCCCCGAAGCGAACUUGUAUUCUAGUUACAGCGUCGACAGAAAAUCUAGCUAUGAAGCAAAUGUCUCCACGCAAUCUUCUUCGUACCACCACCAACGUCGCCAUCGUUGUCGCAGGCACGCGCGAACAAGAAAGUCGGUUGAUUCCUUGGGUUCAUCUGAGCAAGCCUUCCUGCCAGGUCUAAACCCCUUCCCGAAUCGAGAACUACCUGUAUGCUGGGAAAAGAAUGUGCGACGUCUGCCUGGUGUAGAAGGCAUCAAAGCACAGCAAGUAAAAACAUGGUCUAUAGAGAAAGUUGCAGAAUUCAUUAACGUCCUAACCGGGAAGACUGAAUGUGGGACUUUCUUUAUCGACCACGAAAUAGACGGAGAGUCACUUCUUCUCUUAACCCAAGAAGACAUUUUAAAAAUUCUUAAAAUUAAACUCGGUCCUGCAGUAAAAAUAUACAACGCUAUUCUAAUGUUUAAAACUGUCGAUCCUAACGCUUUCUCUGCAGCUUGGUAAAUGCGAACAUCCGUCGCCGUUGGUAUUGGUCAAUAAAUCACUUGUCAACGCUUUUUUUUCUAUAAGUUCCAUGUUCGAUAUCUUGUACAGAAUGAUAUAUUGGGUUCACCGUGGUCAAUAUUCUUAAACAUUUUCCGUUUCCGUUGUAUUUUUACUGCCGUUCUGCUUUAGAUAAUAAAUCGGAUAGAAAAGAAU